AUGGCUGCAAAGGACCAAACCCAAAACACAGAAGAGGAAUUCAUGGAUGAGGAGACUAUGGCCGAAGCGAUGAGUGUUUUGGCUGGAAGCGACGCCGAAAACUGCUCUUAUCCCCAGGGCUAUGUAAAACGACAGGCAGUAUUUGCAUGUAGCACUUGCACCUCUGAGCCCAAUGAGCCUGCUGGAGUUUGCCUGGCCUGUGCCAACAAAUGCCACGACGGCCACGACAUCAUCGAAUUGUAUACAAAGAGAAACUUUCGCUGCGAUUGUGGGAAUAGAAAGUUCGGAGAGUUUAAGUGCCAGUUAAUUCCGUCCAAAGAUCCAGAGAAUGUAAAUAAUAAAUACAGCCACAACUAUUAUGGCCUCUAUUGCACAUGUGACAAAGGGUACCCAGACGAAGAGGGUCAGAAUGGCGAUGAGAUGAUUGAGUGUGUCAUAUGUGAAGACUGGUAUCAUCCACAGCAUUUAGGUUGCACUGUGGCUGAACCCAAAGAGCUGGAGGAGAUGGUCUGCGAGCGGUGCAUGAAUAAAGCUCCUUUCUUAUGGACCUAUGCAGAAUCCUUCUCCCUGGCUGCUAUAGGAAGUCAGGAAGACGAAGACGUGGAUGUGGAAGAUGACAAGACAGAAGCCUCGGCCUCCCCUUCAACCAGCCAGACAAAUGUGCCACGAGAGGUCACAGAAAGUCCUAGUUCUACGAGGAAACGCAAGCGAGAGGAUGAGGCGGAUGUUUGCUCUACAUCUCGCUGCAGACUUCAGGAGCUGGAGAGCCGGGCAGCGCAGAGGCAGAGGGAGGGAGCAGUCUUCUGGCCUUCUGACUGGCGCUCACAGCUCUGCACCUGCACCAGCUGCAAGAGGGCUUAUGUAUCUGCGCAGGUGCAUUUUCUCCUGGACCCCUCAGACACACGGGCAGCGUAUGAGAGGAAGGGUUUGGAGGAGCCUUUCGGAAGAUCUGUGCUCUCCACCUUAAUGGGAUCAAUGAGCCACACUGCACAGCUGGAGAUCCUGUAUGGGUUCCAGGAGAUGCAGUCAGCAGUGGCAUCUUUUCUGCAGCCGUAUGCUAGCAGUGGAAAGGAGGUCACGGCGGAGGCAAUAAGACAGUGCUUUGAAGAACUAACGGAGAAAAGACGUAGAGCCAAUGAGAAAAAAUGA